AUGGGCAAACAACCCUAUUAUCUAUUGGAAUUUAUAAUCAUGCUUGAUGAAAAAACAAAUAAAAGCAACAAGUUCUGUGUUUGUCAAGAAUGUGUAAUUGGUUCUUCUUAUGAAGAUGCAUAUAAUAAUAGGUUUGCAAAUACACAAGAGUUAGUUCGCCAUCACUUAAAAAAUUGCAUAUAUUUUAAACAAAAAUAUAGUGAAUCUGAACAAGCAGAAAUUCUAGUCAAAUCAGAUAAAGUGGUUUCAACAACUAAUAAUUCUUUUCAAGAAAGUAUCGAUGAUAAUUCUGCUACUGAAUCAGAAGUUUCUUUGGUUGCCAGCUCUCUUCAGUCAGAUAAGUUUCGAAGCAAAAAAAAUAGAAUAGAUCGAUAUUUAUUGUGGCCUUUAAGUGAAGAUCAACAGAAACAUUUCAAACAACUUCUACUUAAAGCAACUGUUUCAUGUGCAUAUGAUGGUUGGAAAAAUAUAAAAAAAGAGUCAAUUUUCGGAAGUGUUUUAAUUACUUCAAAGGAAAAUAUGCUUGAUGAUCUAAAAAAAAAAGAAAUAAAAGUUAUUGCUAUUGUAACAGAUUGUGCAUCUGAAUAUGAAGCAGCUAGAAAAUGUUUACAGCAUGUGCAUUCAGAAAUUAUAUUUAUCCCAUGUUUUGCACAUCAAAUGAACUUGUAUGUUGGUGAUAUAUUUAAAAUUUCAAACAUAUUAUUAGCUAUUGCUGAACAAGCCAUUUGUCUUGUAUCCUUUUUUCAUCAGUCAAUAUUUUUUUUGAGGCACCUUCGUUCAGAGCAAGCAUCUUUAUAUAAGUCCUGUGCUGCACUCAAAAACUUAGCUACAAGAAUAGAAGAAGAAAAUGAUGAUAACCUUAAAGGUUUUCCUAGAAGUAUUCUUUUUAAUAUUUCAGACAAUGAGUGGUAG